AUGUCUGGCUAUACAUGUAGUAAUUGCCCAAUAGGUUAUGUCGGUGAUGGCUUGAAAUGUUCUGAUUAUGACGAAUGUUUAAAUGGCACACAUGCAUGCAGUCAAACUUGUAUUAACGAAGAGGGGAGUUACAGUUGUCAGUGUUUACCUGGCUAUACUCUGAAUAGUGAUAAUAGAGGAUGUAUUGAUGUUAAUGAGUGUAUUACUGGAUCAAAUAACUGCAGUAAUGUCGCUACAUGUACUAAUCAAAUUGGUUCUUAUAGCUGCGCUUGUAAUUCGGGCUAUGUAGGCGAUGGCAUAAACUGUUAUGACGUAGAUGAGUGUCAAAACAUGUCUAAUAAUUGUAGUCAAAUUUGUAAUAACACCGUCGGAAGUUAUACAUGUUCAUGUAUUCAAGGUUACGAGUUAAGUAGUGAUAAACUUACUUGCGUGGAUAUAAAUGAAUGCCAACGAUUUAGACCAUGUGACCAAGUUUGUAUUAAUAUAGAAGGAUCGUUUACAUGUGAAUGUGAACAAGGUUUUGAACUAAAUAAUAACAACCUAACAUGUAGCGUUAGCGAUCCAUGUGAUUUUGGACAUAAUUGUUCGCAAAUUUGCGCCUAUAUAAACGGAUCUGAAAUAUGUUCAUGUAUGAAAGGUUACGCGCUAACAUAUGGAAGCCAGACUGAAUAUGAAGAUGUCGAUGAAUGCAGCCUCAAUCCUAGUCCAUGUAAUCAACUAUGUACAAACAACGAUGGUAGCUAUACAUGUAGUUGUAUGAACGGCUAUCGAUUUGGUUCAGAUGGUUGGACAUGUUACGAUAUUAAUGAAUGUUUAGAAAAUAAUACCUGUAGUCAAAAUGCAAACCGUACAAACGCACAUGGUUCAUAUUGUGUUAGCGCGUAA